GCUGACUGCGACGAGCACGGUCCGGCGCGAUUUAAAAAAUCAAAGUGUCAAAAAUCGAGAUGCGCGCGUUUUUGAUAGCGGUCUGUUGCUUGGCGGGAGUGAAGGCGGAUACGCUGCCAUCCUUCAUCCACCCCUGCUCAGCCUCAGACCCGAACCUCAACAGCUGCAUCGAGAAGGCCGUCACCCUUGCCGGCCCAACCUUCGCCCAGGGCAUCCCAGCGCUGGGCAUCGCUACAUUAGACCCUGUCCAGCUUGGAACAGUGCUGGUGAACAAUCCGAGCCUGAAGAUCACGUUUACGGAGACUGUUGUCACUGGAUUGAGUGGAUUCAGGGUUAACUCCUUCAAAAUGCACCCCGACAAGGGGAAAGCCGUGUUCGACUUCACGGCGAACGUGACUUUGAAGGCUCACUACGACAUGAACGGGCAGGUGCUCAUCCUGCCCAUCAAGGGCAACGGGCAGGCGAAGAUCAAAAUCACGAACCUGAACAUCGUGAUCAAAUACGACUACGAGACGAAGGAGGGGCACUGGGUGGUCACCGGCUACAAGGACUCCUACAAGAUGGACCGCGCGCAGUUCAAGUUCACCAAUCUCUUCGGCGGAAACAAACAGCUAGCCGAAACAACCAACAGGUUCACGAACGAAAACUGGAGCAUCAUCAUGCAGGAGAUAGCUCCUCCGGCCAUCACAGAAAUCAUCAGGAAGUGUAUCGAUGAAGUCAAGAAACUCUUCGCUGCGAUUCCUGCUGCCGAGCUGCUGACUGCGUGACCGGAGACACGAUCCACCGCGUGAUCAAUGAACACUGGGAGGCGGUCAUCCGCGACUUCGCGACGGUCAGUUUCGACCACAUCAUCCGAGCAUGCGUCAACGAGUCCAAGAAACUCUUCGCCGCCGUGCCAGCUGACAAACUUUUACGCCCUUAACCUCUUGGAGCUACGGACUUUUUAAACCGAACAUUCGUGCGUUUUCACAUUAUCCGAUCCGAUAUCGGAUGUCAUUGAUAUUGGAUUGUUUCCAUUGAAAUCUUUCCAACAUCCGAUGUCGAAUCGGAUAAUGUGAAAACGCACUUCUCCUUUAGUGCGUUUUCACAUAAUCCGGUCCGAUAUCGGAGGGAGGACCUAAAUCCCAAUUGAAGCCGCCAUCUUUGAUUUUUUUCCAUUGAAAUCCUUCCGACAUCCGAUGUCAGAUCGGAUAAUGUGAAACGCAUUUGUCCUCUACCUUAUGAAAACCAACACUUCUUCAAACACACGUACAGUCAAAUUCACCCUGUUCAAAUUGGAAGUAAAAGAAAAGCCAGAGUACAAAAAAAGCCAUAGCAGAUGCCAGGAUAACGCAAGUCUUUGUUAUCAAAACCGCUACAGAUAAAGUGCAUAGGUAAUGGCUAAUGGAUUUCCAUCGUACCUAUAUUUUCUCGAAAACACUUGUACCUAUUUGUCGUGCUAGCUCGGUCAAAGUGUGGUCAAAGUCAGUAUUUCAUAUAUUAUACUGCACUGACUGUAAUACCUAGCAUGAUACGUUCAUGAGAAUCAUGAGUUUCCGUGAAAUCGUCCUUGCGUUAUCCCCCGGAAUUUGCCACGGCUCAUGGGAGCCUGGGGUCCGCUGUGACAACCCCAACUAAACCCAAGAUUUGGCGUAGGCACUAGUUUUACGAAAGCGACUGCCAUCUGACCUUCCAAUCCAACCCAUAGGGUAACUAAUUAGGCCUUAUUGGAAUUAGUCCGGUUUCCUCACGAUGUUUUCCUUCACCGAAAUGUUUGAGUUGAGUUUCCGUGAAAGUAAGGCAGGAAAAACAUUUCGCACUUUUAUAUCUGUACCGAUUCCGAUUACUUGGCGAGGUCUCAGUCUCUUCCCAAUCCCCUUUUGAAAGCAAUUUUGCUAUUCAAUUUUGUCAGGCGCUUAGUUUAGUAGCUAGUUUAGUAAUUAUACUUCAUCAGAACAAUGCUAAUUACAAAAUGUUGAAGUGUCACUAUAAACAAUAAGUUUAUGUGUCGAAUACUCUGCCUACCCCUUUAAGGGAUACAGGCGUGGUUAUAUGAGUAUGUAUGUAGUGCGUUUUCACAUUAUCCGAUCCGAUAUAGUAAGGAUUUCAAAGGCAAAAAUCAAAUAUCCGAUAUCGGAUCGGAUAAUGUGAAAACGUACUAAUGUCGUUCAUAGUACCACUAUCAGACUUCGCUUCGCUUGAUAUAAGUUGGAGUAAGAUAUAUGACAAUUUUGCUUGUUAAUUUCUGACUAGUGACUAUAUUCAGUGAAAAUUAAAUUAUAUUAAUUUAAUUUUUAUUUUUACACUUAAUAUACUUGAAAUUUAUGUACUUACUUAUUCCAUUAAUAGUAGUAUGAGUAUGUGUGAAUAAUCCUUAUCUCAAUGGAAAUAAAGUCUAAAAUUUGUCAUCAAUAUUAUUUAAAAUAAGGAUUUUUUUUUCUCAGAUUGUCCACACAAUCUAUUUGGAAAUUUCUUUCUCUGAAGUUCAGACUCUGAACUUAGAAUAAAUCUUAGAUUACACAUUUAUUUCUUGAUGCUUGUGUUUAUUUAGGUGUGAGGCUUUGAAGCAUAUAGUUUUAGAAUAAGAUGAACUUUAAACUUUGGGUUUAA